GAUGAGAAGUUAUCUGGACCUAUCACCUUGAAUACACAAUCAGUUCUCACAGAGAGCAACAAUUAUGCAAAAUCUGGUCCGCUGCCCCCUCCACUGUCAGAAGGCCUCUCAUCUUUGCAGCAUGAUUGGUCCAAUGCUAAAAAGGUCAAGAGACAAGCUUUUUCUGGUCCUUUGACCGCGAAGCCGUGGCCAAAGAAGCCUGUUGUUUCUGCUGGUAGUCCAAUUGCUUCAACUGGAUACCCUCAGCAUUUUUCUCUGCCUUUCUUGCAUACUUCAACGCCUGAACCUUCAUCGGCCCCUAAAUUAUCUUCACGUACUUCUCCUCCUCUCAUGUCAUCACCUAAAAUAAGUGAGUUACAUGAACUACCUAGACCACCAGCUAAUUUAGCCUCCAAAAGACCCCCACGUCAGAUUGCUCAUUCAGGACCUUUGGUGUCAAAAGUCCAGGAGCUUUCUUCCACAAAUAAAGCAGCAGUGUCUUCAGCUGCUUCUACACUACCAACACCUCCAGCUCUUCCUCGUAGUUACUCCAUACCAUCUAGGGGCCAGAUAGAAACAGCUUUCCAUGUUUCUAAGCCACUGGAAGAUAUGGCUUCACCUCCUUUAACGCCAAUAGCCUUCGGGAACAUCCAGCAUUCUCCCCCUGCUUCAUAGCCUCCAAACUAGCUAGUCAAAUGGAAGGUGUAACUACGCGAGCUGCCAGUAAUUUUCUGACUUUCCAGAGGAGCUUAAUUGUUCUAUCAGUGCAACUCAGAUAGGGUGAAAGGCAACAUUUUGCUAGGGUAUCCUAAUGUACAGCAAUUGAGUCUUCUGUUGCUUCUGAUGUAUGAUGGCAUUUUUGUAUUCGCCGUAAGUAUAUCUAUUUUGCUUUUCUCAUUAGAUGCAGGCUUCUUCACCUUGUAACUAUUUAAAGCUUCUAUAAGACCACAACAAGUGGCUUAGAUAGUUCUAUAUUAAAAUCUUUCUGUAAAUAUCCCAAAAGUAACCUAUCCGUAGGGAGAAAGGAGUACAAAAUUGUGGAGAAUAUCAAAGUCCAUGGAAAGCAUGCAUUUUCGUUUA